GUAGGGCUAAUGUGGCUAAUGUUUUCUUUCCCAUCAGCAAAGUGUAUCCCAAGCCACGUCCGCCCGCUCCAACGCCACCAACGCUGCCGUUGCUUUGCACUCUUUUAAUCUCUCGGGGGUCUACUUCCCUUCCAGCAAGCCCAUCAUGACUUCCAAAGUAAUUCCCUGGUAUAAGCGGAAACGCAGCAGCGAAGUGAAAAGUGAUUUUGCGUAUCAGUACAGCACAAAGCGUAUCGUCUCUGAGCAGACGUCACAAAGCAGGAAGUCAAGUUCCAAGUCAGCGAGUCAGGUGCAGGCCACUGCCACAGAGGCGAUGGCGGAACCAGCGUACACCAUCCCGGUGUUCCGGCAGAGGACCAGGGAAGAAACAGAAGGAGUUGAGGAGUACCAGCGAGUGAGCAAAAAGGUGGAAAAGGGCUUGGCUGCUAUCCAGGAGGAAAUCCAAAGAAUGAGGAUCUCCACCAAGGCUCAAGUUGAUAGUCUGGCCAUCGAGAAAGAGGUGAAGCAGAAGAUGUACAGGAAAGUGGAUGUUUUGGAGGCGAUUCCACGCAUGCCCGACUUUAUUGUGGCCCUGCGACCUCACACCGUGUGGGAGAAGAUGCCUGUCAAACUCUUCUGCACCGUGUUGGGGACCCCCAUGCCUGUUGUCAAAUGGUAUAAAGGAGGCGUGCCAGUAGACCCUCUGAGUGCUCCGGGAAAGUACAAGAUCGAAAGCAAAUAUGGAGUUCACAGUUUGAUCAUUAGCAGGUGUGCUGUGAGUGACACUGCGGAUUACAGCGCCGUGGCCACCAACACCCAUGGGACAGCCACUAGCGCAGCCACAGUAACUGUCAGGAGUGCAGGUAGUGGUGGAUGGUCAAGUCAAAUUGGCAUAGUUCCCCGUCUGAGUGGAAGCCACUUCAGCAAACUGGAGGUGAGCCUGGUGGAUUGUUUUCCGGUCACCUUCGGCGUGGAGGGCGAGUCGGCCAGCCUGCUGUGUUCCCUGGUUGUGGUCCCUGAUCUUCCCAACCUGCCUCCAUUGGUUGAGUGGUACAGAGACGAUAAACUUUUGCAGCCUGGGCCCCUGGUAGACAUGUCAGUGGGUGGCAGCGUAGCCCGCCUGGUGUUGCCCCACUUGGCCAAGGACGAUGAGGGUCUCUACACAAUCCGCGUAUACACCAAGGAUGGCACCUCCGAGCACUGCGCCUACCUCUUUGUCUCUGAUGCUACCCCCCCAGUGGCCGGGGCUCCUGGAGCCCCUAUGAGCGUCAAGGCUUACGAUAUCAACUCCGACUACGUCCUGGUGGCCUGGAAACCUCCCAACACUGUCAACGAGGCGGCAAUCACAGGCUACUUUGUGGACAGAUGUGAAGAGAGGAGCGACUCUUGGGUCCAAUGUAACGACGCCCCAGUGAAGGUGUGCAAGUACCCAGUUCACGGCCUGAAGGAGGGCCACUCAUACCGCUUCCGUGUCCGAGCCGUGAACAGUUCGGGCAUCAGCAGGGCCUCCAGACCGUCUGACAGAGUCACGGCCCUGGAUGCAGUCGAAAGCGCCAAGCUGGAAGUAAUUAAGAGACAGAGAAAGUACCACGUGGUACUGAGGAAUCAUGAGCUGCAAGGCCAGGCGACCAUUCCUGGCCGGCCCAGCGAUGUGCAUGCGUCUGAGAUUUACAAAACACAUGUGGUACUCAGCUGGACACCACCUAGCCAACGUGGACCAGCACCACUGUGCUACGCCGUAGAGAAGUGUUUGGCUGCGGUUGCUGAUGGUGGCGAUGACUCGUGGCAUCGCGUCAAUGUGGGCGUGGAGCUUCGCUCGCCUCGUUUGGCUGUCUUUGAUUUGCCAGAUGAGUGCGAUUAUCUGUUCCGCGUGUUUGCGUUCAACGAGUAUGGCGCCAGCCUGCCCUCGGAGCCCUCGGAGCCAGUGAGGAAGGCGGAAUGGGACGGUUGUGAGCUGCCUGUUGGCGUGCCGUCUGCUCCUGGACAACCAGUCGCCACCCGGAACACCAGAUCGUCUGCCUUCGUGCAGUGGGAAGCACCCAAGCACGGACAGCAAGGCCUGAUGGGAUACUACAUCGAUGGCCGCAUCGUUGGCAGCAAGGACUGGUUUGCCUGCAACCACAAACCCUUCAAACUCAACAGGUUUGUGGUGCACGGCCUGACGCUUGGAGAAACAUACGUGUUUCGGGUGCAAGCUGUCAAUGUGUUCGGCCUGAGCGAAGAGUCCCAGGAAUCAGGACCCAUUUCAAUUGAGCCAGCCCUUGGUGGGGGGUUUGAGUAUGCCACCCCCAGUUCCCCCUAUGGUAUUAGCCUGCUGAAUUGCGAUGGUUCCUCCAUGACUGUGUCCUGGAGCAGUCCCAAGCACUGUGGUGGCUCCAGAAUCAGCGCCUACUACGUGGACAAACGUGAUGUCGACACCCUAGUCUGGAAGGAGGUCAACACAAGCGGUAUCGUGGACCGAGUGUGUACAGUGGACAAUCUGACAGAGGGAACCUUCUAUGAGUUCAAAGUUCAGGCUGCCAACAUGGCAGGCGUGGGCUUGCCCUCAGCUCCCAGCCUCCCGAUGAAAUGUGAAGCUUGGACCUUUGAGCAGCCAGGUCCAGCUUAUGACCUGACCUUUAGCGAGGUCCGCAGUCAUUCUCUGGUCCUGGUUUGGAAAGCUCCAGUUUACACAGGGGCAAGCGCUGUCUCCGGAUACUUUGUGGACAUGGCCAAGAAAGGAUCAUGCGAGUUUGUCGCUCUGAAUGAGGAGCCCAUCAGUCAGCGCUACAUGCAGGUGAGAGAUCUGGAGGAAGGUGAAUGGUAUGUGUUCCGGGUUCGCACCGUCAAUGCUCACGGCAUUGGUAGACCCUCCCUGGUGACUGAGGCCGUCUGUGCCAGACCUCCUCCAGGCACCAAAGAGAUCGUGGCAGGUGUUGACGAGGAGACAGGUGACAUAUUCCUGUCCCUGGAGGCCUGUGACAUCAGUCAAACUUCCGCCUUCAUCUGGUCAAAGAACUACAAGCCCAUCGGUGAAUGCCCUCGCGUUACUGUCACCACCAAAGGACGCACUUCCAGACUGAGUUUCAUCAACCCAGACAAAGAUGAUCUAGGACGUUACUCUGUGCUCGUCACGGACACUGACGGCGUGUCCGCCAGCCACACGCUCACUGAGGAUGCUCUCAACUCCAUGUUGGAGCUCAGCUAUGCCAUCAGGAACCCCAUUGUCCCACUCAAACACGGCCUCAACUACGAAGUCUUGGAGAAAGGCCAUGUGCGUUUCUGGGUGCAGGCCAUCAAACUUACACCUGCCGUGACGUACAGAUUUGUCGUCAACGACAAGGAGGUUACCAGUGGCGAGGGCCACAAGAUAAGUCACGACGUGUCCACGGGCGUCAUCCAGAUGAUCGUGGAUAACUUUACCCGGGAUAGCGAGGGCACAUACACAGUGCAAAUCCAUGACGGCAAGGCUAAAGCGCAGAGUUCCCUGGUCCUGGUCGGAGAUGUCUUCCUGGCUGUUCUGAAGGAAGCCGAGUUCCAAAGGAGAGAGUACGUCAGGAAGCAAGGUGCACAUUUCUCUGAGAGUGUGUCUUUCACCGUGACUGACGACUGCACAGUGAUGCUGACCUGCAAGGUGGCCAACGUGAAAAAGGAGACUACCUUCCACUGGUACAAAGAAGACGAGGAGAUUGUUCCAGAAACUCCCCCUAACGUUAUGUCUGGAGCCUGCGCACUUCCCAUCCCGUUGUUCUCCAGGAAGGAUCAGGGCGUGUACAAAGCUGUAAUUGGUGACGAGCGUGGGAAGGACACGUCCACCUAUGACAUUUCUGGAGAAGUGUUUGAUGACAUCAUCAAUGCCAUUGCCAGGAUCGCUGGUGAGUCGGCCUCCGAGUUGGUUGUCCAGUGUACUCCAGAGGGCAUCCGUCUGCAGUGCUACAUGAACUACUACACGGAGGAGAUGAAAACCGUGUGGAAGCACAAGGAGAGCAAGAUUGCCUCCUCAGAGAAGAUGAGAAUCGGUGGAACAACUGAAAUGGCCUGGAUGCAGAUCUGCGACCCGUCAGACAAGGAGAAGGGUCUGUACACGAUCGAGAUCUCUGAUGGGGUCAAGACACAUGCCAGGACAUUUGAUCUCUCGGGACAAGCUUACACAGAGGCCUACGAGGAGUACCUGAGAUUAAAGGCUGCUGCAUUUGCGGAGAAAAACCGCGGCAGAGUGCUGGGAGGCCUGCCUGAUGUGGUCACCAUCAUGGAGGAUAAGUCCCUCAGCCUGACGUGCACUGUGUGGGGUGAGCCCACUCCUGAGGUAACCUGGUUCAAGAAUGAGCAGGAAGUGGCCUCUAAUGAGCACACCAGGAUCACGUUUGACGGCGGAAAGUUCUCCAGCCUGGUUAUCAACCAAGUCACGCCUGAAGACUCCGGCAAGUACAGCAUCAACGUUCGAAACAAAUACGGUGGUGAGUUUGUGGAAAUCACUGUCAGCGUGUACCGACAUGGAGAGCAAAUUCCAGAGUCCAAGCUGGGCCAGCCCAAGAUGGCCACACCUGCUGUCAUACCACCCUCCAAAACGCCCACCCCCGCCUCUUCUAAGGCUCAGACCCCAUCCAUGUCUAUGAAGAGCCCCACCCCUGCCUCCACCCCCAAGUCCCCAACCCCAGCCCCAAAGUCUUCAACCCCGGCUACCAAGUCUCCCACCCCGGCCCCGAAAUCUCCCACCCCAGCCCCAAAGUCUCCCACACCAGCCCCGAAGUCUCCCACACCGGCCCCGAAGUCUCCCACACCGGCCCCGAAGUCUCCCACACCGGCCCCGAAGUCUCCCACACCGGCUCCGAAGUCUCCCACUCCAGCACCCAAAUCUCCAGGCAUCAAGUCUCCAACCCCCCUAGGUAAAUCCCCGACCCCCAAGUCCCCCACUCCUACCCCAAGACCUAGGUCCCCAACCCCUACUUUCAAGUCACCCACUCCACCCAGAUUCAUGAAAUCUCCAACUCCACCAAGGAAGUAAGUGGCAGCCCAAUUGGCCUGUAGUCUGCCACUGAACCCCCAAAUCUGCAGGUUUCAAAUGUACGACUCCCUUUGGGAAUGUCCCCAACUCUGGCCCUUAAAUCCCUGACGCAGCGCGACACUAAAAUCCCUAACCCCCAGAAUUACUCUGUCCAAUCUAACCAGAUUCAUGAAGAUUCCUAUCCAGGAGGUAGAUUGUGGCCCACCAGUAGCCCAACAUCUCCCAUCUUAUCCCCGACAUCUCCAGCCCCCUUGGAAAUGGCCCUGUCUCGUAGCAAAAUCACCCAACCUAGCCUUGAAAUCUCCUUAACCAACUCCAAAAUCUCCCAUCACAACGCAAAGUCUGUAGGCUUCAAGUCCCUGAACCCCUUAGAAAUGUCCCAAAGUCCCAAACCACCAAUAUCAAAGAGCCCACUCCUUCCAGAUUCUGGAAGUCUCUAAGCGUACUGAAGAAAUUGUCAGUGGGCCAUUCUUAACCUGAAAUCUCUCGCCGCACAAAGUCUCCCACCCAAGCCACAAGUUUUUAGCACCCAAACCUGCAAUCACCUUUUGGCAAGUCCCCAUGCAGCCCCCUACACAUCUAGUGUAAAGUGUCCCCAACCCCACUUGGGAAAAGGUUGCGUAGGUUUUAGCUUAUCGUAAGUGUGAACCUGAAGACAAAAAGUGAACUUUUAUGGUGAUGUUGGAUAUUUGUCAAAUGGUGUGUUCACAAGCUGCACCUUCCGUUAUGUUACACGCUAGCGGAAUGCCAUGAGGAAGUGUUCAAAGUCUGGAUGUUCACGCCUCAUCCUUUGGAAUGUAAUGUUUUUAUUAGGAAGAUCAUUUCAAGUUGUCAGUAUUAAAACAGAGAUACAACAGCUAGUAUACAAUUUGUGUACACUAUUUUCAAAUACUGUAUGUUUCUAUGUCAUUUCUGGGGCUCCAUUGUU